UUCAGGGCCGGCAUCUGCAGAGCUAUGCCGAGGGAAAUCAUCACCCUACAGUUGGGCCAGUGCGGCAAUCAGAUUGGGUUCGAGUUCUGGAAACAGCUGUGCGCAGAGCAUGGUAUCAGCCCCGAGGGCAUCGUGGAGGAGUUCGCCACCGAAGGCACUGACCGCAAGGACGUCUUUUUCUAUCAGGCAGACGAUGAACACUACAUCCCCCGGGCGGUGCUGCUGGACCUGGAGCCCCGGGUGAUCCACUCCAUCCUCAACUCCCCGUAUGCCAAGCUCUACAACCCGGAGAACAUCUACCUGUCAGAGCACGGAGGAGGAGCUGGCAACAACUGGGCCAGCGGAUUCUCGCAGGGAGAAAAGAUCCAUGAGGACAUUUUUGACAUCAUAGACCGGGAAGCAGACGGCAGCGACAGUCUGGAGGGUUUCGUGUUAUGUCACUCCAUCGCUGGGGGGACAGGCUCUGGCUUGGGCUCUUACCUCUUAGAACGACUCAAUGACAGGUACCCCAAGAAGCUGGUGCAGACGUACUCUGUGUUUCCCAAUCAGGACGAGAUGAGCGACGUGGUGGUGCAGCCCUACAACUCGCUGCUCACGCUCAAGAGGCUGACACAGAACGCAGACUGUGUGGUGGUGCUGGACAACACAGCCCUGAACCGGAUCGCCACAGACCGCCUGCACAUCCAGAACCCAUCCUUCUCUCAGAUCAACCAGCUGGUGUCCACCAUCAUGUCAGCCAGCACCACCACCCUGCGCUAUCCCGGCUACAUGAACAAUGACCUCAUUGGCCUCAUCGCCUCACUCAUCCCCACACCACGGCUCCACUUCCUCAUGACGGGCUACACCCCCCUUACCACGGACCAGUCGGUGGCCAGCGUGAGGAAGACCACCGUCCUGGAUGUCAUGAGGCGGCUACUGCAGCCCAAGAACGUGAUGGUGUCCACAGGUCGGGAUCGCCAGACCAACCACUGCUACAUUGCCAUCCUCAACAUCAUCCAGGGAGAGGUGGACCCCACCCAGGUCCACAAGAGCCUGCAGAGGAUCCGGGAACGCAAGCUGGCCAACUUCAUCCCCUGGGGCCCGGCCAGCAUCCAGGUGGCCCUGUCCAGGAAGUCUCCCUACCUGCCCUCAGCUCACCGGGUCAGCGGGCUCAUGAUGGCCAACCACACCAGCAUUUCGUCGCUCUUUGAGCGGACCUGUCGUCAGUAUGACAAGCUGCGGAAGCGUGAGGCCUUCCUGGAGCAGUUCCGCAAGGAGGACAUCUUCAAGGAGAACUUUGAUGAGCUGGACACAUCCAGGGAGGUCGUGCAGGAGCUCAUUGAUGAGUACCACGCGGCCACACGGCCAGACUAUAUCUCCUGGGGCACCCAGGAGCAGUGAGUCCCCCGGACAGGGACCCUCUUCUGCCUUACAGGUUGGCCUGCCCUGGCCCCACCUGACUGACUGGACCCUCAGAGCACAGAUCAGGGAUCUCACACAUAUACACUCAUUCUGUUGGCCUGGAGACACAUUUCCUUUUCCUUUUGGAUACAAUUUAAUAAAGCAUAGCUAUAAAUC